UUUGGUUGUUUCUUUAAUCAGAAUAACAACCUGAAACGCUCUUUCCCCACUCUACAACUUCCAUCCUUCAGCUAACCAACUUUCGCUACCCGGAUCCAACCUCCAUCACCGCUCUGAUCUACGCCUCUGAUCCAAUCCUCAACUCCCCCUUUGUCAACUUGAUCUGCCUUGCUGCUCUCUUAAACACUUACAUAGAUGGUUCCGUCAGGGGAGUGUGUAACUGAUGAAGUUGGUAAAGAUAAAUUACGGAGCCCAGAUGCUGGGAGUCAUGCAUUGCAACAUAACACUGAUAGUAAAAUUCCCUCGUCACAAUCUGAUCAAGGAGGAGAAACCCCCUUGAUUAAAUCAGAGAAAGACCCACUUUCACAGUCGGAGAAAUUAGGAAAUGCUUCCUCUGUGAUAACCAAGCAGACUCCCUCUCUGUUGCCUGGUAUGGAAGGAAGCAGUCCUGUAGCACGUGAGAGAGCAUCGCAGGAUGGAUAUAACUGGCGUAAAUAUGGGCAGAAACUUGUUAAAGGAAAUGAAUUUGUUCGAAGUUAUUACAAAUGCACACAUCCAAACUGCCGAGCGAAAAAGCAACUAGAACGUUCACACGAUGGGAAAAUGAUUGACACUGUUUAUGUUGGUCAGCAUGAUCAUCCAAAGCCACUGAACCUUCCACUAGCUGUUGGUUUUGCUGUCUCUGUUGUUGAAGAGCGACCAGAUAAGUCAUUGCAAAUUGUUGUCAAAGACAAGUCAUUGCAUUCGCAAAUGCCUCACCAAAUUGAGCCAAGAAGUGGUUCUCAACCUUUAUCUAGUGCUGUCAGUGAUGUUAAGGGUGCAGCUUCAAAAUCAAAUAGGAUACAGAAUGUUGCCGACAGUGAUGAUGAUCAUCUCGUCUCAAAACGAAGGAAGAAAGAAAAUAGCAAUGCUGAUGCAUCUCCAGUGGAGAAGCCAACCAAUGACUCACGUAUGGUUAUCAAGACUUUCAGUGAGGUUGAUAUUGUAAAUGAUGGGUACCGCUGGCGCAAAUAUGGGCAAAAGUUAGUUAAAGGCAAUCCAAAUCCAAGGAGCUAUUACAGGUGCUCAAGUCCUGGGUGCCCUGUCAAGAAACAUGUUGAGAGGGCCUCGCAUGAUGCAAAAUUGGUUAUAACUACUUAUGAGGGACAACAUGAUCAUGAUUUGCCUCCAACCAGGAGUGUUACCCACAAUACAACGGGAGUAACUGUUCAUUCAGCAGCUCAUAGUGAUGAAUCAAGGACCAAGGUAGAAGAAAGUGAGACCGUCUGCCUCGACAUGGUUGUUUAUUCUGGUUCUGUAGCUGAGAAUAAAUCAAGUGAGCAAUUGAAUGGAGAGUUGAGAACCAAGUCAGAUUUUAGCGGUACUGUUUGCGUCAGUCUGAUAGAUGCACCUAUAUCAGGUCCUUGAAGUGGAUCAAAUGAGCAACAGAUUGGGAAGUUGGAUCCUAGUGAAGAAAGCGAUGCGGUUGACUGUGGUACAAUUGUUCAUAGUAAAUCAAAUUCUCAGAAUACAUCAAAAGAGCAACUGAGUAGCAAAUUAGAAAUGAAAUCGGAAAAAGAUACUGUUUGCAUUGAUAAGAUGGUCCAUAUCACUCCACGUUCCGAGUGUACUUUCAAUGAGCAACGAAUGCCUAGCGCAGAACCCGUUCAAAGCUGAGCUGGGGCUGAUAGUUAUAAAUUAUAAUCAUGGUCGCAAAUGGCAGUGUAUUCAAAUGGAUCUAUUUGGGGUAUUGGAGUUGAGGCUGCACUUUUGUAUCCAUAUUGGCAAACCAUAUGUGUAAAACAAUUUAACCUGUUAAAUAAUGCGAGAUUAAAGGUGCAGUAAUUUUAUCUGACAGUAUGGUUUGAUAUAAAAUAGUUUGUUACUUGUAA